CCACCGCCAGAUGGUAUCCGACGAUCCACCCGCUCCCUUCAGAGCUCGGCGCCGGGGAGCGCCCCAGCCGCCCGGUCUGCGGCGCGGCGGAGCAGCGGGCGGGGCGCUCACCUGCCCGGCCCGGCCCGGCCCGCCCCGCGGUGCCGAGGCCAGGGAGGCGGGCGGUGGGUCGCGGCGCGGAGCUGAGGCCAUGGCGGCCGCCGACCCGCCGGGCGCCGGGGACCUCUCGCAGCUGGCGGAAAAUCUGCUGCACCAGCUGCAGGAGAAUUUUCAAGCUCUGACUGAAAAGAUAUCGCUGAGAAUGGAAGAAAUGGGUGAGCGCAUUGAUGAUCUCGAGAAGCAUGUUGCUGACCUGAUGACAGAGGCUGGAAUAGAAAACACCGAUGAAGAGCUGAGACACUGAAAUGAGGACGUGACCACGAAAGAUAAAGGCAGAACAGCACCACACUGAAUCUGGGAGUUUAAAAUCAGUGUCCCUAGUCACAAAAUGUGUCAGCGAAAACAAACAUGCUUGGUUACAGUGUAAUUUUUUUUUUUUUAAACUAUUGCCCUAGGAAGAAAAGUAGAAAGCUGGGUUUAUUCACCUAAAUGAGACACUGUCUUUCCUGUAUUUGGGAAAGAACUGUUUCAGGGGAGGCAAAACCACUAUCUUGGACAGAAAACUAUAACCUAUGUAGUCAAUGUCACAAACUUUUUCCGUGUAUGAAAAUGUAUUUCAUCUAUUUAAAUAUUAAAAUUUUCAUCAUA